CGCCACCCGAGACAGCGGCUCGGCUGACCUUCGGAAGCUGAUCGCGAAGAGCAUCAACAAAAUGGCAGCCGGACCAGUGGACAUGGAGCUCAAAAAGGCGUUUCAAGAGCUUCAAAUGAAAAUGAUUGACACAACGAGGCGUCUACGGCAAGCUGACGUGCAGAUCGAGACCCUCAAGAAAGCAGUCAAGUACGCCUAUUGUACGGGCGAAGUGAUCUCCGAGGCUCCACCCGACACAAAAAUGUAUCAGUCUGUCGGAAGAAUGUUUCUUGGUUCUGAUUUUGCGGAAGUGAUGAAGACUUUGGAUGAUAAGAUAAAUACUUGCAAUGAGAAGAUAAAGAGCCUCGAGAGCAACAAGGCCUACUUGGAAAAGAGCCUCAAGGAAUCUGAGAACAACCUUAGGGAAAUGAUUGUCCAAAAGCAAAGCAUGCAUUGACAUGCAAAGUUUAGGUACUUAACAUGUGACUAAUUAUUUAUGCAAAUGUUAUGAAAAUGUUUCCCACAUCAAGGAUCAUUCUAAGCCAUUUGCACCAAAAGUGAUGCUGUAAAAUACGUGCACUAGUACUGGGAGACCUUAUUUCCAUGACCUGCCUGUUGGGAAGUCAUUUUUUAGCUUAUCUGGGAAAUACUUUGAGCUUUUCACUGCAGUUACAUUGUUUUGUGCAAAGCAACCAGGAAGUCAUUUUGUACACUGUGAAUUUGCCUUGAUUUUCUAAAAUAAAAAAUUUGAAACUGAAGU